GACUUAUUCAGUGCGAAACUGACAUUGUUGUAUUAUGGCAGACGAAAUGCAUCGAGACAGGGCCACGUCAGAUGAAUAUGUCACCGAUUUGGGAUAUUUCCAUGACUAAAUAUGAUGUCUUCUGUAUAUCCAACAACUGUUCACGAAUGGAUGAACGCUAUUCGCCGCCCAACACCGUAUCGUGUCGGCAAUGCUCGUCUCCACGUGAAAACACGAACUUUGGUGUAUUCAGUAAUGUUCUUAGCCGCAGUCCUUAUUUUGAUGAUAUUCAUAAUUCCGUCUCGUAGAGUGUCAAGAGAGACAUGUAUUGAUGAAGGCAUUCACUUAGAAACUAAUUAUGACUAUACGUAUCCUCUUUCACCUCCCCAGAAAAUGGGAGAUGCGUUGAUGUUCAAAAUAGGAUUGAUAGCUGAUUUAGAUCAAAACUCAAAGAGUGACAAGAAAAAGAACACAUGGAUAAGUUAUCUCCAUGAGGGUAAUUUGACAAUCUCGCAGACAUAUGAUUAUGCAAAUUUUCAGUUAGAUGAGAAUCCCUAUUUACUCAAGUCUUCCUUAUCACAAGGAGGGAGGGGUAUGGAGUUGUCCGAGCUGUUGGUGUUCGAUGGGAAGUUAUGUGCUGUAGAUGACAGGACUGGGGUUGUAUAUCACAUUGUUAAAAGGCAGAUGAUUCCUUGGGUUGUGUUAGCUGAUGGUGAUGGCAAUACACCAAAAGGAUUUAAAAGUGAAUGGGCAACAGUGAAGAACAACCGAAUGUAUGUCGGGGGGCUUGGAAAAGAAUGGACGUCUAUAGAGGGUGUGGUAGAGAACCUGAACCCCCAGUGGGUCAAGUCCAUCGGUCCUGGAGGGGAUGUUCGGCAUGAAGACUGGCAUGUGUACUAUAAUAACAUGAAAAAGGCUGCAGACAUUCAAUUUCCAGGUUACAUUAUCCAUGAGUCAGGAGGGUGGAGUGAAAUCCAUCAAAGGUGGUUUUUUCUUCCAAGGAGGGCAAGUCAUUUAAGAUACACAGAAAAAGAGGAUGAAAGGAGAGGUACAGACCUAAUGUUUAUCGCCAACGAAAAGUUUACAGACAUUAAAGUGAAGCAUAUAGGAGAACUCAGUAAAACAAGGGGAUUCUCCUCAUUUAAAUUCAUUCCAGAGACUAAUGACCAAGUUAUAGUGGCACUCAAGUCAGAAGAGGUGUCAGGGAAAAUUGCUAGUUAUUUAACAAUAUUUAAAAUUGAUGGACAGAUUAUACUGAAAGAGAAGUAUGUAGGUGAUGUCAAAUAUGAGGGUAUUGAAUUUAUAUGAUGUGAAAACGUAAUUUAAAUUUCAAGUAUUUUUGUGUGAAAUGUGUGUAUGGGAUUUCUGAAAUUGUGAUGAUUGAAAUUUGUAUGAACUGUCAAAUCCCCAUGUAGAUAUAAAAGUAUUGUUUUAAACUGAAGUCUUUCAUUAAAUGUAUGUCUGUAAGAAAAUUUUUAUCAUUUGAAUGUGCAUGUUAAAUACUUUUAAAAAGUUUCAAAUUCAGUGCCUGUCAUAUUUUACAUAUCCUACUCCAAACGUCAAACAACAUUGUCUUUGAUAGGGAUUAUCAUAUUGAAAUCACAGUUAUGUGUUUGUAUGCAUAAACAUUAUGGUAAUAAACAUGAAUUAUCCUAUUCUUUAAACUAAGAUUCCCAGGCUGAUGAAAUAUUUUCUAUAAAAAUAUAAAGAGAUUUAAAAAGAGUUGUUUGCUUGUUCAGUUUAAAAUACAUGUAGAACUUCAUUUAAUGAUACAUACACUGCCAUGCAUGUACUGUGUAUCCAUAUUUUAGUGUACCGGUACGUGUUUUAUACCGGAUUUUUUUAAAAUGGAGUAAAUUUUUUGUGGAUUUAAUUGUUCACAACUUCAGCAUUUUUGUAAGGUGGCAAUGAUUGCAAAAUAGCAAAGAAUAUACAGUAUAUAACUUUAAUCAAUAUGUAUUUGAUUUAUAUUUCAUUUGCAUCUUUGAUUUUUAUGAUUCUCCUUAUAGUUCCGUACCAGUAGUAGCAAUAGUAUGUGUAUUCAGGAAAAUGUUGUAGAUUUUUCAUCCAUUGCAAGAAAGGAAAAAUAAAUCACUGAAAAUCUAUGUUCAUAAAGCAUACCACUCAUAAAACUAUGUUUGGUUUUUUAAUGUUUAUAUAAAAUUUUGUUCUGUUUUGUAAAGAGGUUUUUUUUUUAAUUCAGUAUUAUUGAAUAUUGUAUCAAUGUGAUGUCACAAAUAAGCAACUGAAAACUUGCAGAUUUUGUCUUCAUCAGAGUACCAGUUCACCUAUUUACCGUAGUAUAAUUUUUUUUUCUGAUGAUAAUCAAUUCUUUCUACCGAUGUUUUGCAUUAUGUUUGAAAUGCCAGAGUGAUAGUUUCAAAAUAGUAUGUUCAAUUAUGGAAAGCUUGCACAUUUACAGUUAGUUUGGGGAGCAUCAAUGUAUAUCUUUUAUUCAGUUUUGAUUUAUAUGGCCAAUUUUUCAUUUCUUGAAUUUAGGAUGCAGGUUAAAAAGUCAAAUGUUAUUUUUAAUUUGUAUCACAAAGUUGCUUUGAUUGUUGUAAAAAUAUAUUUUCAUAGCUUUUUUUUAAUGGAAUUUAAUACUUGUUCAUAUUUUCUGUUGUGUCUGGCAGUUACAUUUUUGUUCAAAAUGUGUAGCACAUGUAUGUGUUCAUUUAUACAUUGUAAAUUUAAUCGUUCUAUCCUCUUUUUAUUUAUUUAUUUGUUUUUGCAUCAGAUCUUCCACUGUAUGAAUACAUGAUUCAGCAUUAUGUGUAUUUCUUUUCUUUUGUUUUUUGUGUUUUUCUUCUUGGAGAAGAAAUAGAUUUAACAUUAUGUCAAUAUGCUUGUUAAAUAUCAGGUCUUCUUAUGAACUCCCAAUUUAAAUAAAGAUAACAAGUAUAAAGCUGGGA